AUGUGCACCUAUAUAGGUUGUUUUUGCCCCAUUUGCGAGAAGCGUUUGCAAACGCUGAGGGUGCCCUGCGAAAAGGCUAAGAAGGGCGAAACCUGUGGUGAAUUCACAGAGGCCAGAGACUACGUAGAGGACGAUCCCUGCGAGAAGUGCUUCAAGAGACGUCAACCUACCAUUGCGAACAAGGCAAAGGACAUUGCGCGAAGAUUCACGGGCGGCGGUUCCGGUUCUGCUGCUGCUUCAUCAUCCAAGAAGAUGGCCCAAACUGGUGAUUUGGAUCAUAUUUAUGGAGAAUAUGAGACUGACGCGCUAGCCAACUGCGCCAUGAAGACUUUCUUGUGA